AUGGUUUCAGAGGUACCUACCCCGACCGUACUCGCCGUACCCACUCUUACGGUAUUCACGGUACCACCAUCGGUGCCUACGACGUACCCUGCACCACCGCCACCGGUGCCUACUGCACACCCGACACUCACACCAGCAGUAGCAGUUGCUCCACAUUCGGUACCACCACCUACCGUACUUCCAGCCGCACCCACCUAUAUUGGCCCUGCAGUGCCACUAGCGGCACCUGCCCCCGCUUAUGCAGCGACACCGGGGAUACCUCCCCCGGCCUAUCUAACGGUACCACCUGUAGUACCAGUUGCAGUGGUUCCGCUAGUUCCUGCAGCAGUCCCUACUCACCUGAUUGAUAUAGUUGCGAUAUGA